AUGCUGGCGAGGCACACCAUUAUUCGAAUCGGCAUCAACCCCGAGGCGGAACCGCACCUGCUGCACCUGGCCCGGGAUGGGCUCAUGCAAGCGCUGCCGCCCGACUGGAAGCCAUGCUACGCCGAGGACCUGGACUCGUGGUACUACUUCAACUUCCGCACGGGCCAGUCGCAGUGGGAGCACCCGCUGGACGACGUGUACCGCGCGCUGGUGCGCAAGGGCCGCUCCGAGAGCCUCUGCAGCUCGGCGGGAGAUGACGACUCGAAGACCUCGAUGAAAGAGGAUCUGAAGAGCUAUGAAGAAGCCGUUUCUUCCGACAUGAUUUCGAGAAACUCCGACCCCCUCAAGGGAACAGCUGCCCUUCGCAAGGGCAGCCUGCAGCUG